CCAAAGUUGAACAUAAAGAAACAUAAAGCCAAUUUGAAUACAAAAGAACAUAAAACCAAACUUGAAUAUGAAGAAAGUAAAGCCUAUAUUGAAUGCAAAGAAGAUAAAGCUAAUGAAUAUGAAAAGAA